UACCCAUCAUCCAGAGCAGCUGGACACCAUUGAUUAACAACUGAGCUAAUAUUUAUUUUGUCAGAAGUUUUUAUUUACAUCAACCCCCCAACAGGCGGCAGUGUUCUCACACCAAAUGAACGAAAGAAAAAAGAACAGCAGAUCUUCCUACACUAUUCAGUUCAAGUUAAUGACGCCAGUAAAACGCCCUACACAAGUGCCAAAUGGAUAUUUGCAACAUACGCCUAGCUUAGUGGCCAAUGGGAGUGCUCAAGAUCUAGUUUUAGCUUAAUGGAAGGAAGGAUGGUUUAAACUAUGUAUCGGUGGGUGUUUGGUAUGGGAGAGACUGGAUGCACCAAUAAUUCCAAAGGAGACGGCCAACAAAACUACUCGGAUCACUCGGUCAACUCCUCUAGCCCACAAACCACAGACAAGAAUUCCGUCCGCUCCGGCCACUCACUCCUCAAGAUGGCCUCCGAGAAGCGAGCGCGCAAGGUUCGUUUUUACCGCAACGGUGACCGCUUCUUCAAAGGGAUGGUGUACGCCGUGUCGACCGAGCGGUUCCGGACGUUUGAGAGCUUGUUGACCACGCUGACCAGUUCCGCCCUCUGCGACAAGAACGUCCUGCCAAGCGGCGUGCGGCACAUCUUCACCAUCGACGGCACGCAGAAGGUCGAGUCCCUGGACCAGCUUCAGGACGGGGAGAGCUACGUCUGCGCUUCCACGGAUUCGUUCCGCGCGCUGGAUUAUUGCAAGAACGAGGACCCGUACUGGAAUUCCAAUCUGUUUCCUCAUCACACUAAAGAGCGUCAUUCACAGAGUGCUUCCUUGCAGCAGCAACGAAGUAAACACAUGAAGGACGAGCCGAGGUCCCGUUCAGAGUCGAAGAGUCUCUCGUCCAUCAACAAAGUUCCGUCGAGACCGCAAAGUGCUAAAACAGACAGAAGCUCCAGGUCACAGUCUCUAAAGUGUGAGAAGACCCUGGAGGAGCAGCGAGCCUACGAGGAGUACCAGCGAUCGUUCGUCGUUCCCCGCCUCAUCACCAUCUUGAAGAAUGGCAGACGACCCAGAAAAGCCAUGCGGUUACUGCUGAACAAGAAGACAGCCCAGUCGUUUGAUCAGGUGAUGGCGGACGUAUCGGAGGUCGUCAAGCUGGACUGUGGCAGCGUAAAGAAACUUUACACACUCACGGGUCGACAGCAGGUCACGUGUCUGGCUGAGUUCUUCCAAGAUGACACGGUGUUCCUGGCCUGUGGGCUGGAGAAGGUCACGUCUGCUGAUUUUAAUUUGGACAAGAGAGAGAUUUGUAACGUCAGUGCUUACCGCCCCUUCACUGGGAAACAUAAGGAACGGGUCACACUGAGGAAAAACUCAGAGUCCUCCAUAUCCAAAUCUUCCGCAGGAAACACCACACCAACCUUCUCAUCAGCUAUGGCAUCGUCAAAACACAACACUGAUGGUAAAAUAGCGACACUGGCGUCUGAUGAAAAAGCAGACGGCAGUGAAAAAUUUGACAUAUCACAAGUCGAUAUGCCCUAUGCUUUGACCAACAAGUACGAUAUAGGAAAUAUGAUCGGUACAGGGAACUUUGCGGUGGUUUUAGAGUGCAAAGACAAAAAAACACAGAGAAAAUAUGCUCUUAAAAUAAUAAACAAAGAAAUAUGUAAAGGAAAGGAGAAAAUGAUCGAUAACGAAGUUAGGAUCCUACGCUGUGUCAAGCACCCCAACAUUAUCAGGCUAGUUGAAGACUAUAUGAACCAGCAUCAGAUCUUCUAUGUCAUGGAGCUCGUCAAGGGUGGGGAUCUGUUUGAUGCCAUCGCCUCCUCCAGUAGCAAGUACACGGAACAAGAUGCUAGUGGUAUGCUCUACAACCUGGCCAGCGCCCUCGAGUACCUGCACUCCCUGCACAUCGUGCAUCGUGACGUCAAGCCGGAAAAUAUACUGAUUCGACAACACGAUGAUGGCUCCAAGUCGCUCAAAUUGGGGGACUUUGGACUGGCCAUUGAGGUCAAAGGUCCGCUCUACACCGUGUGUGGUACCCCGACAUACGUUGCCCCGGAAGUGAUCGCUGAAACUGGCUACGGUGUGAAAAUAGACGUAUGGUCUGCUGGGGUGAUAACAUACAUCCUUCUAUGUGGCUUUCCACCUUUUUCAAGUGCAAAUGAUAAUCAAGAUGAACUGUUUGACAUGAUAAUGACAGGAAAUUAUGACUUUGUCAGCCCAUAUUGGGAUGAUGUAACACCAUCAGCUAAGAGUGUAAUUUCAGGAAUGCUAGAAACAGAUCCUGAAAUUCGUUUGACAGCAUCACAAGUGUUGGAACACAAAUGGGUGGCUAGUGACACAUAUUACUCCGCGGAUCUACGUAAAAAGGUGUCAUCAGGCCUCAGUUCCUACUUUAGACGAGCCCCAAAGUCGUCACAAAAAUAUGCAGGAAUUAAGAUCAUAGCAUCGACCGCCUUAGAUAAAGCAUCGAAAUUUUUUCAAGGACGAGGAAAGCCUUAUGACAAAAGAAAAAACGAUUUCUAAAAAUAGUUCGUGCUUAGUCAUACCUGGACACCCACCUGUCUCCUUGUGGACCUAAUUUGAAAACCCACCUUCCUCCAUGAAAACCCACCUUCCUCCAUGCAACACUCUGUAAAGGAAAACCCACCUUCCUUGGUGGAUGUAUGAUUGAAAGCAAGCACUUCUAAAUGGAUAUUCUUACAAAUAAAAUGCACCAAUUUCUUCAUGGAUCUAAUUAGAAAUCAUUUAUCGUUAUGGACUUUCUUACAAGGAAACUCCACCUGACUACUGAAAAAUGAAGUUUCUUCGCAAAUCUAUACAAAGGUUCAUCAGUCUACGUAGGCAUUCUUAUAAGGAAACCCAACUUGUGUUGAAGUUAGAAAAUCUGGAACAAAAUAAGCACCUGUAGCAGAGCAUAUAAACAUAAAACACCUUCGAGCAUAUAUCAUGAAAACUAAUAAAGAGCAUAAGCAUACGUACUAUGUACGUUACUUUGUCAGAGCAUAAGCCAUAUCCCCUUGUGAGGCGUCUAUGGAAAGGCAGUACGGCAGUUAAUGUUAUGUCUUGAUCUGGAACCGUCUCGUAAAACACAUUGUAUAACAUUGAACACUGUAUGAGAGUAGGCGAUUCAUCAAUAAAAGAAUAAGAAUAUUUCAUCACCAUCUCCAUUUAACCAUUUUUUUACUUGCAAAUGCAAGGUUGAAUGUUGUGAUUAAACUAAUUACUUAGUUCUAA